GGCAAACAUAACAUCUCAUACGCAAUUUUCUCUUAAAACGCUUAUUUUAAUAUAAUUAAUGGUAACAAUUUUGUACGCGACAGUAUGUUGUAACGUGUUUGAUAUAAAUGUGCUUUAAACACUUCAUAAAAUCUAUGAACGCAGAAAUGUAUUCAAUUGUUUUCGUGGCUGUGAUUCUGGGGAUCAUAGGACUUACUAUAGCAGUGCCGGCGUUACUAUCUGAACCGUCCGAGAACGAAGUAUUGACUUAUGACUUUCCAUUCGUAACACGAUAUCAAUGGGGGGCGAGGAUUCCCAAAGAGAAGACGACUCUACACACCCCUGUGCCAUACGUCGUCAUACACCACUCGUACAAGCCUGCUGCCUGCUACGACGCGGUACAAUGCAAGAAAGCCAUGCAAAGUAUGCAAAACUUCCACAUGGAUGACAGGGAAUGGUGGGAUAUCGGUUAUAAUUUUGCGGUGGGCAGCGACGGUGCCGUGUACGAGGGUCGCGGCUGGACAGUGCUGGGUGCACACGCCUUGCAUUUUAAUACCGUCAGCCUUGGCAUCUGCUUGAUAGGCGAUUGGACAACGACACUACCUCCGAGCCAGCAAAUUAAAACAGCAAAGGCACUGAUCGCAGCAGGCAUAGACCUCGGAUACGUCAAACCUUAUUAUAAACUAGUGGGUCACAGACAAGUUCGUGAUACAGAAUGUCCCGGGGAUACAUUGUUUAGCAAUGUGAGGUCGUGGGAACACUACGUCUCCUUCCCUGCCACGUAUCGGGACCUUUUGCACGUGAAAGAACUCCCCAAGGAAAUAAGGGAUAAACUGGCUAACGGAAAUGGUACUCAUAUAGAAAUAUAGUUUGUAAUAUUUAAUAUUUACGUAUACAAAUAA